UCACUUUGGUUCCGAUGUCGAAAUACAGUGAAAGUCAUUAAUAGAAAAUAACAAAUAAUCCAAUCAAAAUGAAUAAAUUAAAAUCGUCACAGAGAGACAAAGUGAAGAAGUUUGUCGCGUUCACGCAGACGAGCGAGAGCACAGCCAUAUACUGUUUGUCGCAGAAUGACUGGAAAUUGGACCUCGCGAGCGACAACUAUUUUCAGAAUCCUGAAGCCUACUACAAAGACAAUAUCAAGGCUUCAGUGGACAGAAAGAAGCUGGAACAGCUGUUUAGCAAGUAUAAAGACCAGCAGGAGAACGAUAAGAUCACAGUAGACGGGGUAAUGAAGUUCCUUGAUGACCUAAAUUUAAGUCCUGAAUCUAUUCUAGUAUUAAUAAUUGCAUGGAAGUGUAAAGCAGCAGUGCAGUGUGAAUUUACGAAAGAAGAGUUUACGACGGGCCUGUCGGAGCUAGGCGUCGACAGCAUAGAUAAAUUAAAGGGGAAACUGACAACGUUGGAACUUGAAAUAAAAGAUACAAAUAAGUUCAAAGACUUCUAUCACUUCACGUUCAAUUAUGCCAAGAAUCCUGGCCAGAAAGGAUUGGAAUUAGACAUGGCGAUAGCAUAUUGGAAUAUAGUGCUCCGUGGGAGGUUUAAGUUCCUCGAUGCAUGGUGCAAGUUCCUAACGGAGCAUCACAAAAGAUCAAUACCAAAAGACACGUGGAAUCUAUUGCUAGACUUUGCCACACAAAUUGAUGAUGGUAUGAGCAACUACGACGCAGAAGGCGCUUGGCCCGUGCUCAUCGACGACUUCGUAGAGUGGUGCCAGAAGCAGGGCCUCACAGCGGACGGGGCCAGUGUGGAGCCCGCGUCUGGCUAGCCGACACUUCCUCCCCUCCAAUACGAAGUUGCAGUGACACAUGACGAACCGAGACCACAACAUGCCACCGGUCUACGAACGUACAUGUUCUUCCUGCUAUCACGCUUCGUAUUGUACGGUCUUGAGCUGUGUACAAUUGAGUGGCUCAUUCUAAUAGUCAUAUUUGAGUUGUGCAGCUGACUAAAUUGUGAAGUGACCAAAUUGAUAUUUUGAAUUGUACAGUGUAAGCUCUUGGAUAUUUCGGAUCGGUAAAAGUAUCUGGUCAGUUGACAGGUUCAUAAGUGUUUAGAAAGUCCUCUGUUUAAUAAUUGAUGUGAAUUAUGACAAUGGAAGGUAUGACUUAGAAUAAUGAACGUUGAAUUUUAAUGUUUUAGAUUGCUCUUGUGUACCUGUCAACGAUCAUAAUAUUUACAUCAGUGUGUGUAUAGAGUUCUCACUCAACUGUAUAGGGCUCUGGAACUAUUCGUCCGUUAGAUAAAUUUCUUGUGUACUCUUGUUGAUCCUAUUGCCUAACCUACUCUACUAGGGUACGAUGAACUCGGUGAUAUUUGUCUGUAAGCUUCUGAGUAUUGUAACAUCAAAUAAAUGAUGUCACUUGCCUUUUAAAUGCUGAAAUAUAUAUUUAUUUAUUAACUAUUGUCUGUUUUCUUGCUAUUUAUUUUCAAUUGUGUCUAGUGUUUAUAAAAUACUUUGUCUCAAGACUCAAGAUGUUGCAGUAUUCAGAAGCGGGAAAUUAUUUAAACUUUCUAAAUUUUCCAACAAGAUUAUUCUCUUGCUAGUAUAGUACGCCGUAAAUUAAAUUAAGAUGUAAAUAUGUAUAUACACAUUAAUGAUAUUACAAUUUUUAUUUUUAAUGCUUAGAAGUUGCCCUGUUUUUUUUUCCUUUAAAAUACAUAUAUUUUUGUGACAGCAAUGAUUUUGUGAGAGUUCAAAACUCAAAUGUCGGACUAAAGUCAAAAAAAUAAUUAUUUAAUCAAAAGUUGGUUUUUGAAAAAAAUUGUUCUUGCUCAUUUAUUUCUUGUUGAAAUUGACACAAAAUUAACAUUUAUAACUUUUUUUGCUUUAGCUUAGCUUCUUUGAAGGGAAAAAGUGCAAUUUUAACAACAAUAAAUGUGCAAUGUUUAACCUGAAGUAUCAAAAUUCUUGCUGUUUUGAUGGAUUGUUUAACUCACUCGGAUUUGAAAUCAUAUUUUAUUUUUACUCUGAAAUCAUAGACCUCAUUACUAUGUCUUGAUUAACAUAUCUGGAGAGUAAAAAAUUGAAUUAAAUUGUGCACAAUCUUGAGGGCUUUAAAACCAGAUGGCGUAACAGCCGCAAUCUUCUGUAGGAAUCUGUAAAAUCUUUCAACUCAGAGACACUACACUACACAUAAGAAUGGAGCCAUCCUAUGUACCGGUUCAGGACCAGGCCACGUCAAACUAAGAAGAUAUGUUAAUUAAGACGCUAUAUUACUUAUAUCAGUGACAAUUUAAAUAAGCGAGACCUGUGAUUUAUUUGAAUUUAUUAUUAUCGCGAAACCAUUGGAGGUUCGUUCAUGUAGCAUGGUGUAAUAUUUACAGUUUAAAACAUCAAUUUUAGUUGAUCGAUAGUUGGAGUGACCUUCUAAGUCUUAUCAUAGUGAUAUUUAAAUGUAAAUAUCAAGUUUCUUAAUUGUAGGUACUUUCUUAUUAAUCUGAACUUCGGUCAACUAAAUAUCAGUUGCAUAUCGUAAAGCCUUUUGUGACACGAUGUUUGCAUAUUUUAUACGAGCUGUUUCAAACACGCGUGCACUCAAAGAUUUUCAAAAUGCGUGUGCGUCAAGCUAGCGGCCUCAAAAAAAAAAUGGGCACGAAAAAAUAAUUUCACCAUACCAAAAAAUAGUACUCUUAUUGAAAAAAAUAGUACCUGUUGUAAAAAAAUUAGUACCAUCACGGUUCUGGAUUUAUAGCCAUGUUUUAUUGCACUUGCUAGCUUGACGGUGAGCGAAAUUUGGCGAGAGUUAACGACAAGGUCUUUCGCUUUGAUUUAAACGCCAAAAAAUAGUACCGAAAUAGUACUCACCCCCAGCAAAAUACCGAAAUGAGUACUUCAACGGUUCCAAAGUUAUAAAGGCAGUUCUUUGAUCCCGCUGGCUUGACGUUUUGAAAAUACCUAUUAUCUGGAGAACGCUUGCAUACUUCAUUAUGUAACUAAUAUCAAUAAACUCGUAUGAAAUAGUACUUCCUACCAUCAUAAUUUUGAUCCGAUUCUCUUUGUAGAAAUAUGUUAAAAAAUCAUCAUAACCUAUGCCAUACAUUUGUUGUUGAUACAGUCACGUAGACAAUUACAUAACCUCACAAUUUAUUCGUAAGUAUUGCCAUCGCCAGUAUUGCCAUUUUGGAGGUCUACCCUACCAUUUCUUUGCACUUCAGAGUGUUGCUAUUACAAAAAAUUGCUAUUGCAUACACCCAUAUGCAAUAAUUUUAAUAGAAAAUGGCUGCAUGGGUCUAGUUCUUAUUGAAAACAAUCUGUGAUUUUAAUACAUCAUGAUACAUUUUUAA